AUGGAGCAAGCGGCGGCUGAAGAAGAACCAGGCGGCGGGGCGGCCGAGGGCGGGCAAGGCGGGGCGGCCGAGGGCGGGCAAGGCGGGGCGGCAGAGGGCAGGCAAGGCGGGGCGGCAGAGGGCAGGCCUGGAGGCGCGGAGGGCGGACCUGGAGGCGUAGAGGGUGGACCUGGAGGCGCGGAGGGCGAGCAACGCACCGAUUUGGGCUGGUCGGCUUGGGCAAAUUGGCAAGAAGGGAUGGAUCCAGAAAAGGUAGUGCAUAUGUUGAUUGCAUACUGUGAUCCCUCCAAAGAAGCAUAUGAGCCUAUCGCCGAGGAUUGGACAGAUGUUCAAGCAGACAACAACACAAAAGAGGCCGAUGAUAGUUAUCUUUGCAACCCAAUCCCGCAGAAUGAGCAUGUUGGUAUUGAUGAGGAGAAAAUGUAUUUGGAGAAAGAACCUAUACCUCCAAAAUUGGUUCUUUUUUCUGGUAAAGAGAAAGACAAAACCAAUGUUUCUGAGGAUGAGAGCGAGGAUGGGAGCAAGGAUGGGAGCGAGGAUGGGAGCGAGGAUGGGAGCGAGGAGGAGCCUGAAGUAGAGGAGGAGGAGUUGCAUGAGCCAGAUCAUGCCCCAAAUAUAGAGUAUGACCAACAAGACCCUCCAAUGACUGUAGGAUCCACAUAUCCCAAUAUGGAUGUGUUUAAGUUGGCUCUUUCUCAGCAUGCAGUCAAACGUGACUUUGAGUAUAACACAGAGAAGAGCACACAACGUAGGUUAAGGGCCUAUUGUAAAAGAAGAGAUGAAGAUGAUUGCCCAUGGAGGAUACAUGCUUCUACAACAGCUGAUAGGCGCACUGUAAUGGUGAAAAAGAAACCUUUUGAGCACGAUUGUUCUAGUACGAAAAGGAAAAAGAAAGUGAAGAACGCAACUAAGUUCUGGAUAUGUGAGAAGGUGAAAGAUUGGCUCAUUGAAGAUGCAACUCUAGGAGCAAUGAAAUUGCGAAAAAAGCUGAAAGAACACUACAAGAUCAAAAUCCACUACAAGAGAGUCUAUAUGGGUAAGCUGCUAGCCUUGAAGCAACUAUACGGUGAUUGGGAUAGUAGUUUUAACAACUUGUAUAGGUUUAAAGCACAAGUUGAAAGUUGCUGCCCUAAUAGCAUAGUGCAGAUCGACCAUCAUACCAUAAAUGGUAAAAUAAGGUUUAGAAGAAUUUUUGUUGCUCUCAAACCUUGCAUAGAUGGAUUUCUUAGUGGUUGCAGGCCAUAUUUGGCUGUGGACAACACCUUUAUGACAGGCAGAUUCAAGGGGCAAUUGGCUAGUGCUACUGCAGUGGAUGGCCAUAAUUGGAUGUAUCCAGUUUGCUUUGGAAUUUUUGACUCUGAAACAAAUGAAAAUUGGAUCUGGUUCAUGCAGUUGCUAAGACAGGCCAUAGGAUCACCAACAGGUUUAGCCAUAUGCACUGAUGCUGGCCAAGCAGUGAUGACAGGGGUAAAAGAAGUCUUCCCGGAGGCAGAACAUAGAGAAUGUAUGUUCCACUUGGUGAGCAACUUCAAGAAGAAGUUUACUGGAAAAGUAUUUGACGACCACCUAUGGGCAGCUGCUUACUCAUGGAACCCAUAUAUAUUUGACAAGAAUUGGGCUGCAAUGGAGGCAGUAAAGCCAGCCGCAACAGCAUAUAUUAGGAAGUGGCACAAUAGGUUGUGGUCUAGGAGUCAGUUCUCGACCAUAUGCAAGGUGGACUAUGUAACCAACAACUUGGCAGAGUGCUUUAACAAUUGGAUCAAGCACCACAAGUCAUUGAACUUGGACGAUUUCUUGGACAAGGCAAGGCAGUUGAUUAUGAUCUUGUGGAAUGAUAGGAGAAAAGUAGCAAAGAAGUUAGAUGGAUUGAUUCUACCCCACAUAAUGAAGAAGUUAAAUGCAUUGACUAGAGAAUUCAACUUGGAGGUGGUAGAAUGCUCAGAAGAAGUGGCUGAAGUGGUUGCAUUAGGAGGCAGCGGUUUUAGGUUUAUUGUUAACUUGCAAAAUAGAACAUGUUCAUGUCGACAAUGGCAAGUUUGUGGUCUUCCUUGCAAACAUGCUCUUGCAUUCAUCACGUCACUUAGUGAUGCUCACAUAAAGAAUUACGCUGAUUUGUAUUAUUCCAUUGAAAAAUUUAGAGCAGCCUAUUCCAACCUGAUCCCUGCUAUGCCUGACAAGAGCCAAUGGCCUAAAUCUGACCAUGGAUUUUUCAUGCAUCCACCACUACUUAAAGCUACAGCUGGCAGGCCUAAAACUGAGAGAUAUAAAGGUUGUAUUGACAAGAAAAGAAAAAAGGGCAAGCACUUAUGUCCAAUUUGUAAGGAAUAUGGGCAUCAUUGGCACAACUGUAAGAAGGGUAACCCUGAUGACAUUGCUGCAAUGUUGGCUAUUAGAGAACCACCAAAGAAGAGGGCAAAGACUAGCAAAACAGCCCAAUCCAUUGUGCCUUGCGAGGAUGGAGCACCAACAAGGAUGCUUUUUCCACCACCAAGCCAAAGCUUGGAAACUACAACUAAGAAAAAGAGAAAACAUGACAACACUGAAUCUGGAGGUUCAAAGAGAUCAAAAACUGGCUCCAUUGAGAAUGCCAAGACGAAAAAGAAGGUUGCCGAGAAGAUUCCGGUGCCACUUGACAGCCCAGCAAUGGGCACAAGGAGCAGAAAGUUUAAUCCUCCUAGCCCUGCUAUGAGCACAAGAAGCAAAAGAAGGCUCAGCAUGUAAUUUCAUAUGCGUCUAUGCUCUUCCAUUGAUGUAAUGGUUCUUUUGGAGUUCCUGUGAUAUGACGGUUCUUUUGGAAAUCCUUUAGCCUGACAUAUGUGAACUAUUGGUGACUUAUAUGUGUGAAUCUGGUUGCUUAUGGCACUUGUUGAAAAUUGUUCAAUCGAUUAUAUACAUGUAAACUGUGUGCAAGGGAUAUGGCAUCAAAAUAUA